GGACACUGGGACACUUGGCUGCUGGGGGACGCCUUCCUGCACCUCAUCCCCCACGCCCUGGCCCCCCAUGAGCACCACGAGGGCCACGGCCACUCCCACCAUGGACACGCCCCCCAUGAGCUCCAUGAGGGCCACGGCCACUCCCACCAUGGACACGGGCACCACGAGGGCCACGGCCACUCCCACCAUGGACACGGGCACCACGAGGGCCACGGCCACUCCCACCAUGGACACGGCGCGGCGCUGGCCGUGGGGCUGUGGGUGCUGGCCGGGAUCGUCACCUUCCUGGGCGUGGAGCUGGCAGUGCGGCACUGCGGGGGCCACGGCCACGGCCCCAAGGCCAAGCACAGCUCCAGCGAGGACGAGGCCGACGGUGACACCAAGGCCACCAAGGCCACCAAGGGGACCAAGGGGACAAAAGCCACCAAGGGCACCAAGGGCCAGCACAGGAAGGGCCCGGACGGGGAGAGGGCAGCCAUGGCAGCCUCUGGCUACCUGAACCUGGCGGCCGACGCCGCCCACAACUUCACGGACGGGCUGGCGCUGGGGGCGGCGUUUUGGGGAGGCCCCGCCCGGGGGACGCUGACGGCACUGUCGGUGCUGCUGCACGAGCUGCCCCACGAGCUGGGGGACAUGGCCAUGCUGCUCAGAGCCGGCUGCUCCAAGGGACAGGCCAUGCUCCUGCAGCUCCUGACCGCCUUGGCCGCCCUGGCGGGUGCCGCCUGCUCAUUGUUGGCUGAGGGCUCCGGCACUGGCGCCAUUUCGGGGAUCCUCCCCUUCACGGCCGGUGGCUUCAUCUACCUGGGGACGGUGUCGGUGCUGCCUGAAAUCCUGAGGGACUCCGGGCCCGGCCAGGCCCUGCUGCAGCUGCUGGCGCUGCUGGCUGGCGUGGCCAUGAUGCUGCUCAUCGCCUACUACGAGUAGGAAUUCCCAAAAUUCCUCAAAAAACCCAAAAAGCCCAAAUUUCGCUUGGCUCCCCCCCUCCGCCCUGUGCGAAAUGGGAGGUGCCCGUUGCUAAGUCUAUCCCAUUUUGGGACCAAAUCGAGAGAAACAUGAGAGAUUUGGGGUUCAAAACAUGAGGAAAAGGAGAGAUUUGGGGUUGAAAGCAUGAAAAAAAUGGGAGAUUUGGGGUUUAGAUGGGGGAUUUUGGGGGAUUUUUGGGAA